UAGUGGAGAUAGGUCCACAUGAGGUAAAAUGAUGGGAGGGAUUCUCCGGCCUUAUUCCUUUAUGUGUAUAAUCUGUGGUGAUCAUGUCACUGAUGAUGAUAAUCAAUGAAGGUGAUGAUGGUGCCUGUUAUCUCACUAAGGAAUAAAGGAAAAGGAAAGACAAAAGAAGGGCAAAAAGAAAGAAAAAGGAAGAAAGAGGAAAGAAAGGAAGGAAGGAAAUCUUUCAGAAUGCUUUCUCUCCCUUCCAGGAAGACUCUCUCAAUCUUUAGCUCUGCCUUUUCUGGUUAAUUUACUUUUAAUUGGGGGCUUCUUCUUUGAGGUAGUCAAAGUAGGUUGUGAAUGAAUUUGAAAGGAAGAGGUGGUGGGAGAAGAUGGAGGGGUGUGGCUGUUGGGCUGGGCUGAAGCAUCACAUAAAAGAAGCUUGCAAACCUACUACUUCCAAAGAUUCUCCGCACACUCUUCCUAGAACAAGCCUGGUUUAUGAUGCAGCUACUGAGACCAGAUACCUGAAUGCCAGCAAUAGAGAGCUCUCUGUACCUCCUGAAGCUCUAGCAGAUGCCGCCGACAUAUGUCAGGAAAAGCGAGCUUCAGGUCGGCUGCUUCAGUUUACGUUUCAAGAACUCAAAUCUGCUACUGGCAACUUCAGGCCUGAUAGCAUUCUUGGGGAGGGAGGGUUUGGGUUUGUCUUUAAAGGAUGGAUUGAAGAAAAUGGUACAGGCCCUGCAAAACCAGGUUCAGGUAUUGCAGUAGCAGUCAAAAGCCUGAAACCAGAUGGAUUACAAGGACACAGAGAAUGGGUGGCUGAAGUCAACUUCCUGGGACAGUUGCACCACACAAAUCUUGUUAAACUUAUCGGGUACUGUAUCGAAGAUGAUCAACGGCUGCUUGUCUAUGAAUUUAUGGCGCGUGGAAGCCUUGAAAACCAUCUAUUUCGAAGAUCUCUGCCUCUUUCAUGGUCCAGCAGGUUAAAAGUGUCCAUUGGUGCAGCUAAAGGCCUUGCCUUCCUCCAUGGGGGCGCAGAGCCUGUCAUAUACAGGGAUUUCAAGACAUCCAACAUUCUGCUAGAUUCGGAGUAUAAUGCAAAGCUAUCAGACUUUGGACUGGCAAAAGCUGGGCCCCAGGGUGACAAAACACAUGUUUCUACCAGAGUUGUUGGUACAUAUGGUUAUGCUGCACCUGAAUAUGUGAUGACAGGGCAUUUGACAUCAAAGAGUGAUGUUUAUAGUUUUGGUGUUGUGUUGCUGGAGAUCCUCACUGGUCGAAGGUCGGUGGACAAGAAACGGCCAAGUAGGGAGCAGAAUUUAGUCGCAUGGGCUCGUCCAUAUUUGAGUGAUAAAAGGAAGCUGCACCUGUUAGUCGACCCACGUUUGGAGCUUAACUAUUCUGUAAAAGGUGUGCAAAAAGUCGCUCAGCUAGCUUGCCAUUGCCUGAACAGGGAUCCAAAGUCCAGACCGUCAAUGGAUGAGGUUGUAAAGUUCUUAAUCCCAUUGCAAGAUCUCAAUGAUCUGGCAUGCUUGUCAUUCCGCACCCAGCCAUCUCAACAGAAUUAUUGCAAGCAGAAAUCAAAUGGCAGCCAACAGGCCUCUUACAUGCAAGCAAGAGAUAUGAGAAGUCCUGUUGUCCACACUGGCAAGCACAAAGGGAGUUAGAUAACUGUAUAUUUGUCACAGACGAGAUGAGUCCGAAGCUGCUUGUGUGGUGUGACGCAGUGUUCAAGUUCUUGGUUAUGAUUUUGGACUGAACAACCAGGAGCUCAUCCACAUUCGUGGGCAACCAAGUAGCAACUGAAACAUAAAAUUUGAUAAAACUGUAAAAUUUAGUUACCCCUAAAGCCUGUCAAGAAAUAUUGACUGGUUUGAGGUACCUCAGAUGUUGUUUCCCUUUCCCAUGUUUGAAAUCAAAUUGUAUAUCUUGAGUUUUAGAACUCUUUCACGUUCCAACUGAUGUCACAGUUAAGAUGCUGGUGCUGUUGAAGGAAGCUUGAUUGCUGAAGUUUUAUAUUUA